GCAGCAGAAGCAGCCGCCACCGCCCGCCAUGGAUUAAAACUCUCGCCCGACCGCCGCCAAUUCCAACCCAUCGUUAUGGCUCUAUCACCCUCCCCCUCCUCCUCACUAACUCCCCGCCCUCCCUCCCCUUCUACCCCCCUCCCAUUCUCCACUCCACUUCCUCGUUUCACCCUCUCCGCCAUUCGCGCCUCUGGCCGCCUCCUAUCCGCGGCCGCGGCCGCUCCGUCUCCCUUCACCGAGGCGCAAUCCGCGGCGCGGUACCAGCGAGAUGGCUGGGUCUACGCCGCCGCCGCCGACUCGACUUUGUCCGCCCCGAGCCACUCCGUCGAUGAUCGGGCGAACGAGAUCGCCCUCCAGUUGCCUGAGCUCAGGAAGCUUCUCGGGGCGCUCAGGGAGGCCAGGAAAUCCGGCGGAGGGAGUGAGGGGCCCGGAAGCGUCUCGCUGGUCGGAACCGGGCCAGGGGAUCCGGAGCUGCUGACGCUGAAGGCGGUGCGAUCGAUCGAGAAUGCUGAUCUGAUACUUUACGAUCGGCUGGUGUCCAAUGAUGUGCUGAGCUUGGUCAGGGGCGAUGCCAGAUUACUCUACGUGGGGAAGACUGCUGGUUAUCACAGUAGAACGCAGGAGGAGAUUCAUGAGCUGCUUCUAAGCUUUGCUGAGGCAGGCGCCAAUGUGGUGAGGCUGAAAGGAGGAGACCCUUUGGUAUUUGGGAGAGGAGGAGAAGAGAUGGAUUUCUUACAAAAACAAGGAAUUCAUGUCAAGGUUAUUCCAGGUAUGGCAACUCAAGUGAUCCUUAUGGUUGUGAAUAUUGUUAAUUAUAUCAAUCAGAAUUUUUCUUUCCUAGGAAUUACAUCUGCUUCUGGGAUAGCAGCAGAACUUGGAAUUCCACUCACUCACAGAGGCAUUGCAAACAGUGUUAGAUUUUUGACAGGCCACUCAAGGAAUGGAGGAACAGAUCCUUUGUAUGUUGCCGAAAAUGCUGUUGACCCUGAAUCAACUUUGGUCGUAUACAUGGGCUUGUCGACCCUACCGGCCCUUGCUCACAAAUUGAUUUAUCAUGGUUUACCCACAAACACUCCAGCUGUUGCAGUUGAAAGAGGCACAACACCUCAGCAACGGACAGUAUUUGCCAUGCUGAACAAUCUUUCUGAUGAGGUUAAACUAGCAGAGUUAGUAUCCCCAACUCUUAUUAUCAUUGGCAAUGUGGUAGCUUUGUCGCCAUUGUGGCCUCAAUCAUCUGAAGGAAGUGUUGCCUCUGGUCGAGAAUAUGCGGAAAGAAGACAAGUUUCAUCCUUGUAACUCUCUUAAUAUGAGAAACAAGCUUGCACUCUUGACUAGCAACCACAUGCUCAUUAAGGUGACAGUGCUUAUGGAUUUUGGUUCAUCGAACCCGAGCAUAUGUUCCUCGUUGGUGAUUCAGAUCAAUGAUCGAGUUGUAGUCUACAUGAGGAUCAUUCUUUUGGAGGAGCAUUUCAACUCCAUUAGUCGACAAUUCGUUCUGGUUUUUUUCUUUGGAAGAAAAUUUGAGGCUGAUAAAGUGUAGAUUGAUUUUUCUUGUAAGACCAUCCUGUUAUACCCAAUGUUCUGUAUUAAUACUACAACUCGUUCUUAAUUGAACUUAUUAUUAUUA